AUGAAGAACGGACAGAGCACACAGGAGUUGCAGCCAUCUACACAAGUUUCACAUGAGUCCAAAGGUGAGCUGAAAAUUAAGCAACAAAUAGAAGCUCCUAUACAAGAUUCUGGUUCUGUCUCUGCCUCAAGUAAUGACGGCAGGAAAGUUUCAAGGCAAGAUAUUGAACUUGUCCAGAAUUUGAUAGAAAGAUGUCUUCAGUUGUACAUGAACAGAGAUGAGGUCGUGAAGACCCUCUUGACCCGUGCAAGGAUAGACCCUGGAUUCACAACUCUAGUAUGGCAGAAACUGGAAGAAGAAAACGCAGAGUUUUUCAGAGCAUAUUACAUCAGACUGAAACUGAAGAAGCAGAUAAUUGUAUUCAAUCAUUUGCUUGAGCACCAGUACCAUCUCAUGAAGUAUCCUGUUCAUCCUAAAGUUCCUCUUGUCCCGUUGCAGAACGGAAUUCAUCCCAUGCCACCUGGUAACAACAUGCCCAUGGGAUACCCAGUACUACAGCAUCCACACAUGCAUGCUCCAGGUCAUCAUCCCCAUCUUGAUCCAAUGGGUUGUGGAAUGUCAAGCUGCCACGUGGUCAAUGGAGUCCCUGCACCUGGGAAUUACCACCAACCAAUGAGGAUGAGCUCAGGGAAUGAUGUGGGAAUAGAUCCAACCGCGGCUGAUCCAGCUCCAAUGGUUCCACCAACCAAUGGUAUGUCGGAGAUGCCAGUGAGUCCAACUUCCGUGGCGUCGAGCGGACACUUCCCGUUUGCUGCUUCAGACAUGUCAGGCAUGGGGAUGGACACGUCAGCUCUUGAUUCUGCUUUCACUUCUGAUGUGGCUACUUCGGUGGGGUUACAACUUGGACCAGAUGGAGGAGCUGGAAGUUCAAGAGACUCUCUCAGGCCUUUUGAUCAGAUUCCGUGGAACUUUAGCCUCUCUGAUCUCACUGCAGAUUUGUCAAAUCUGGGAGAUUUAGGGGCCUUAGGAAACUAUCCAGGCUCUCCAUUUCUUCCAUCUGAUUCAGACAUUUUACUCGAUUCACCUGAACAAGAGGACAUAGAGGAAUUCUUCGUGGAUUCGGUCCCAGGGCCUCCAUGUUCUCAGUCAGACGAAGAGAAGCCUUAA